AUGGCUCCCUCUAACGAGCUCCCCCCUGUCCGAGCAUGUAUCUUUGACAUGGACGGGCUCCUGAUCGACUCCGAGGACGCCUACACGCUCGUGACCAACACGAUCCUCCGCGAAAACGGCCGACCCGAUAUUCCCUGGCACAUCAAGGCGCAACUGCAAGGCCGCCCUGGCCCGGCCGCGGGGAAGAUCUUUCACGAAUGGGCGCAGCUACCAAUCACGCGCGACGAGUUCAUGAAGAGACAGGUAGAACUACAGGCCGAGGCGUUCAAGAACUGCAAACCGCUCCCGGGCGUGGAGAACCUGUUGCGGCGGUUGCAGAAUGCGCACACGACGUCGCAUGGCGCCGCGAGCCCCGCGGCUGGAGGUAACAAGAUCCAGCUGGCGCUGGCGACGAGUUCACACUCGAGAAACUACGAGAUCAAGACGAAGAAGCUGAGGGACCUUUUCGACGUGUUCCCGGAGCGACACAAGAUUUUGGGCGACGAUCACCGCAUACCCAAGGGCCGCGGCAAGCCUCUGCCGGACAUCUACUUGCUCGCGCUCCAGGCCAUCAACGAGACGAUCAUGACGGAAGGGCAGGGCGAGAGACCUAUCGAGCCGCGCGAGUGUCUCGUGUUUGAAGACAGCGUGCCGGGCGCAGAGGCAGGGAGACGGGCGGGGAUGCGCGUGGUCUGGUGUCCACAUCCAGGUCUGCGCGAGGUGUACUCUGGUAGGGAAGAGGAGGUGCUUGCGGGACGAACAGGCGAGCACAAGGAAGACGAUCUGGAUCACACCCAGGGCAUACCGCUGGCAGGGAGCCCUGGACAUGUUGGAGAGAUUGGCGACGGGUGGGCAGAGAUGUUGGAGUCUUUGGAGGACUUCGACUUUCUCAAAUACGGCAUCAGCUUAUCCGAUUCUCGAUAUACCUCUGAAAACGGUCAGCCUGCCCUGGAUGGGACGACGGAUAAAGAGCUGGAAGAAAUGACUGCCCUUGCGGACGGAAAGAGACACGCAAAGGAAGAACCGUCUCCGGUAAAGACACCAGUUCCUCAUUUGACGUGA